GAAAAAACGUUCCUGAUACUGAAACCCUAGAAGGGAGAAGUCAGAGAGCCUGAUUAUCUCUGUGAAACCCUAGCAGCUUUCAUCAGCAGCCAUGGUGGGAAGAACUGUGAAGGAUGUUUCGCCUCACGAGUUUGUGAAGUCUUACUCUGCCCAUCUCAAGAGAUCCGGAAAGAUUGAGCUUCCUAAAUGGGUAGAUCUAGUGAAGACUGGCACAUUCAAGGAGCUCGCUCCGUAUGACCCUGAUUGGUACUUCAUCAGGGCUGCAUCUAUGGCCAGGAAAAUUUACCUUAGGCAAGGUAUUGGCGUGGGGGGCUUUCAGAAGAUCUAUGGUGGCCGCAAGAGGAACGGAAGCUGCCCUCCCCACUUUUGCAAGAGCAGUGGAGCUGUGGCUCGUCACAUUCUCCAACAGUUGGAGAAGGUGAAGAUUAUCGAGUUUGAUCCCAAGGGUGGAAGGAGGAUCACCUCAAGUGGCCAAAGGGAUCUUGAUCAGGUAGCAGGGAGGAUUGCGGUUGUCGCUCCUUGAAUUAGCAGCGACUUUUUGUUUGUUCUCUUAUGUUUGGAGUUCCAACUGAAUUUUGUAGGAUUUUUUCAAAACUAAGAAAACAGAGACCUUGGAGAGAUUUAAAAAGUUUUAGUUUACUGUCUUUGCUUAUGUGCUAUUGGAUCAGUUUUUGGAUUUAGUAAUUUUUUUUUGUGAAUGCUUAUGUGAAAAAGCGCAGAUUCUGGUAUAUUGAUGAUUCUGUCAAAUGUUAAACACUGCUGUUCACCAUGCUGUCCGACUUGGAAAUGGCUGAGCCGGAUUGGAACCAGGGUGUUGGCAAUUCCAUAUGUAAAAUCCACAUAAUUCCUCUGCUC